CACACCAUGGAGGACCAACUGCGCAUCUUGAUGGAGCACCAAAACCAAAGUUUCUUGGAAUUGGCAAAAACACUGCAAGCGUCUGUGCGAGAACCGGCACAAAAUGGCGUCGUCACAUUGCCAAAGUUUAACGCCGACAUUCCAGGCGCCGACGCUACUCAAUGGUGCUUUACGGUUGAUAUUAUUGUGGCUGAAAAACCUCUGGAAGGCAGUGCAUUAAUAUUGGCCUUAACAAAAUCGCUGGAAGGAAGUGCGUCCCAAUGGCUGUCAGAAGUGUGCUAUGCUGGUGUGACAUGGUUGGAAUUUAAGCAGUUAUUCCAACAACGCUAUGCAAAUGCAGAGACGCCAGCCGCCAUGUUUUUACAGUUACUGAACAGUCGCCCAGGCAACAGUGAAUGCCUUGCCAUAUAUGCUAGUCGCAUGGUGACGUCACUCGUUUGCAAAUGGAAGGGCUUGGAUACCGAGAGGAUUGCUGUGUCUGUGGUUUUGGGACAUUUGGCCAACUUUGAUCGCCGAUUACAAAGAAUUGCCUACACUGCCGAGAUCAAGAAUAGACGCGACCUAUAGGCUGAGUUGCAGGUCUUCG